AUGAGCAAGAUCACGGCAGCCGAAUCAUUCGAGGCCGAGGUCGUCUGGCUAGGGCUGCCGCGGCGGAACACCAUCGCGGUGAGCAUUGAGAUGGACAGGCCCGUGCUGAGCCGCACGCUCCAUGGCUUCCUGCUGCCGCACCGCGCCGUCCGCAGCUUCCUCAACGUCGGCGCCGCCGCCGCUUGCAAGGUCGCCGCCGAGGACGCCCUCGACUGCCUCACCACAGGGUGUGUUUCAAGGCACAAAGUUGAGUGUUCACUGAAGAAAAUCUGCAAGGACGGAGCGUACUGGGGUACGGCUGCCGGAGUUUAUGUGGCCAUGGAGUCGGCGGUGGAAGAGACGCGUGGCCGCACUGACUGGAAGAACGCGGUGAUCGGAGGCGCCUUAGCUGGUGCGGUCAUGUCUGCUGCCACCGCCGGCAGCAGCGGCCACAGAGACAAGGUGGUCAAGGACGCCAUCGCCGGCGCCGCCAUCGCAGCCGCCGCCGAGUUCAUCGGCCACCGCGUUCGCGUCGAUCUGGGUCCCGUCAGGUUUGCUGGUGGCACCAGAAGCAGAAGCAACCAAACGAAGGAAGGUCGAAAUGGCGCCGAACCAGGGGAGCGCCAAGAGGUGGUGGCUCCCUGGGUCGCGGGCCGAGAAGUGGAGCUGCCUCUGCAAUUCAGGACGGAUCCAGCCCUUUCAUGAUGGGCCACGCAACCGGGCCUGGCCGUUUAAAAAAACGGUUUAGCUCCAAGCCCCGCUCGUUUGUGCGUGUGCAUACGUGUCCCAUCAAAAUGUGAGCCCAAUAAAUUUGGAUGUAAACCUCUCAUCAUUUUAUGAAUAAUAACA